UUGCGCUGACAGGUUCUGCACAGAUGUGUCUACAGUUCUGUGGUCCAAGCCAGAAGCUGCAUCUGAAAUAUUGUACGUCGAACUGCUAGUUAAAUGAAGACCAAGUCUGGUAAUCGGCCUCUAGCUUGUCAGCCCAAACGAGAAAGAAACCCUGAUUGCUUUGCCCUGGGAAAUAGUAAUCCUGCCGAAAACACCUGCUUGCCGGGGACAGAGGAUGUGAUGGAGCUGCUUGAAGAAGAUCUCACCUGCCCAAUUUGUUGCAGUCUGUUUGAUGAUCCUAGAGUUUUGCCUUGCUCACACAACUUCUGCAAAAAAUGCUUAGAAGGUCUCUUAGAGGGAAAUGUGCGCAAUUCAUUGUGGAGACCAUCUCCUUUCAAGUGCCCUACAUGCCGUAAGGAAACUUCAGCUACUGGAGUCAAUAGUCUGCAGGUUAAUUACUCCCUGAAGGGUAUUGUGGAGAAGUAUAACAAAAUCAAGAUCUCUCCCAAAAUGCCAGUGUGCAAAGGACACUUGGGCCAACCUCUCAAUAUUUUCUGCUUAACUGAUAUGCAGCUGAUUUGUGGGAUCUGUGCUACUCGGGGUGACCACACCAAGCAUGUCUUCUGUUCUAUUGAAGAUGCCUAUGCUCAGGAAAGGGAUGCCUUUGAGUCCCUCUUUCAGAGUUUUGAGACCUGGCAUCGGGGAGAUGCUCUUUCUCGCUUAGAUACCUUGGAAACUAGCAAGAGGAAAUCCUUACAGUUACUGACUAAAGAUUCAGAUAAAGUGAAGGAAUUUUUUGAGAAGUUACGACAUACUCUGGAUCAAAAGAAGAAUGAAAUCCUUUCUGACUUUGAGACCAUGAAACUUGCAGUCAUGCAAGCCUACGAUCCAGAAAUCAACAAACUCAAUACCAUUUUGCAGGAGCAACGGAUGGCAUUUAACAUUGCUGAGGCUUUCAAGGAUGUAUCAGAACCGAUUAUAUUUCUGCAGCAGAUGCAGGAGUUCAGGGAGAAAAUCAAAGUUAUCAAGGAAACACCUUUGCCUCCCUCUAAUUUGCCUUCAAGCCCUUUAAUGAAGAAUUUUGAUACUGGUCAGUGGGAGGACAUAAAACUAGUAGAUGUGGAUAAACUCUCCUUACCUCAAGAUACUGGCACAUUCAUUAGCAAGAUUCCUUGGAGCUUCUACCAGCUGUUUAUGGUAGUCCUUCUGCUUGGCCUUAUUUUUUUCUGUCCUACCUUAUUCCUAGAAUGGUCUUUAUUUGAUGAGUUGGCAAAGUGGAAGGACCAUCUUUCAAACUUCACUUCUUACCUGACUAAAUCAGCUUGUUUUAUAGAACAAUCAGUUUUUUAUUGGGAACAAAUGGCAGAUGUGCUUUUCAUUUUGAGUGAAAGAGUUAAGAAUUUUACUUUGGUGGUACUGAACAAUGUGGCAGAAUUUGUGUGCAAAUAUAAACUAUUAUAAGAUCUCUUGAACUCUGCAGUUUUUUGU